AUUGUUAUUGCAGGUGUGUAAGAAGAGUUUGGGUAAUGUUUGAAUCGUCGCUGUUAUCUGUAAUAUAAGGAUUAGAGAAGACAGGAGUAAAAGUAUGCAGGAGAUAACAGAAGUACUACUCCGCUUUGUAAGCGUGCAGGGUGUGAUUGACAGCUGUAAGCCCCGCCCCCACGCCGCAGCGCCACACGGAGCGCGGUGAGCGUUUUUCUGAGUCAGGCAGCGACACCGCGGGUUUCAGGACACGGUGAGAUCGAUGAACCGCACCACAAGCACGGAGCAGAUCUGAAGCCACUGCUCGCUGGUGGACCGAGCAGACCCGCCACCUAAAAGUUUUCUCAUAGAUCACACAAUGAAGCUUUGGUUUUGGGUUUUCACUGUUGUCUUGUCUUUGGACUCUACAUACGCAGGAUCAAAGACCAAUGAACCAUGUGGAGGGCGUGACUGUAGCGGAAGAUGCCCCUGUCCUCCGAUUAAAGGUGCCAGGGGUCAGCCUGGGCCUUUAGGACCACCUGGGCCCACUGGACCCGAGGGCUUCAUUGGGGCCCCAGGGCCUGUAGGACCUAAAGGAGGAAGAGGGCAUGGUGGUCACUCAGGACCGUCUGGACCCAAAGGAGACAAGGGUCCAGUGGGCGUUCCAGGUUUUCCAGGCAUUGAUGGUAUUCCUGGUCACCCAGGCCAGGAGGGAUCACCCGGACUGCCAGGAGCAGAUGGCUGUAAUGGCACACAUGGUGAUCCUGGUUCCCCUAGCUUUUUUAAUGGAAGACCUGGCAACCCUGGACGUCAGGGGUCACGUGGUGUCAAAGGACAAAAAGGAGAACCACGGUUCAUUUCUACAUCUUCGGUUCCAGUUGGUCCCUCUGGUGAACGUGGUUUUCCUGGUCCAGACGGCCUCCCAGGUCCCAUUGGCCCCUUCGGUGUACCUGGUUACCCUGGAAACCCUGGUCCUCCAGGUCCUCCUGGGCCAACAGGACACCGUGGUCAGGGUUACGAAGGGGAGAGAGGAGAAAAGGGAGAUGCAGGUCUGCCAGGACCCAGGGGUGCUCCGGCUGCGCUAUUAGGUUCACCAGCUAUAAGCACAAUCAACAAAGGAGAGAAGGGUGAACGUGGCUUUUCAGGUCAUCCAGGACCCCAAGGACCCCAAGGACCCCCAGGUCAAUAUGGCUACAGGGGAGAGCAGGGAGAGAAGGGAAUUCUUGGAUUACCGGGUGUAAGGGGCCCUCCUGGUUUUAAUGGACCACUUGGAGAAGAUGGCUCAAAGGGAUAUCGUGGGAGCCCUGGUCUCUUUGGAUUACCGGGCUCUUCAGGCCCUAAAGGAUUUAGAGGAGAACAAGGGCCUCCAGGGACAAUUCUUAAUAUUGGUGAAGUUGAAUCAAUAAAAGGUCCUCUCGGUGAUCCUGGUUUUGAUGGUCAACCAGGUCCAACUGGAGAUGAAGGUUUACCAGGAUAUCCUGGACUGCCAGGUGAACCUGGAUUAUCAUUUGAGCAGCCAGGCAUCCCAGGCUUUCCAGGCUUCCCUGGUUCUACUGGACCUAAAGGACAUAAGGGAGACCCAGGACAUCCAAGCUUCAGCCCUGAUGGUUUUCCUGGAGAUAGAGGGUUACCUGGACCUCCAGGUCCUCCUGGACCUCGAGGGAGUACUCAAACAACUUUGUUUCCUGAAAUCCAGCCUGGACGUCCAGGUGUAAAAGGCAGCAGAGGUCAGGUGGGAACAAAAGGUUUUAAAGGAAACAAAGGUGAAACAGGACUUUGUGAUUGCUUUGGUGAAGACAUUACUGGCAGAGAGGGCCCUCAAGGAUUUCCAGGGCUACCUGGUAUCACGGGGCCCGAUGGCCGUAAAGGGGAGGUUGGUGACCUAGGACUUCCUGGACCCAAAGGACCACAGGGACCAACUGGUCGUCCUGGACGGCAUGGCUUUACAGGAGCUAAAGGAGCGAAAGGAAACUCUUACUUUGCUAAUAGACGAGGACACAAGGGUGACAUUGGCCAGCCAGGGCCUGCUGGACCUACAGGUGAUGUUGGCCAACCUGGAAGAAAUGGAGCCACUGGUUAUCCUGGACCACCAGGACCACCGGGAGAUGCUGGAUUUGGGGUGCCUGGAGACAGAGGCUAUCCUGGAUCUCCUGGAUUAAAGGGUCGCCCUGGUGUGUCCGGUGAACCCGGCUAUGGCUACCCAGGCAACGCUGGUAUUAGAGGGUUUCCAGGUGACCCUGGUAUAAUUGGGCUUCCAGGGCAGCCUGGACCUCCAGGACCACCAGGUGACAGCUGUGGGCAGGCGGGGCUUAAUGAAGCCUCUUUCACAAAGGGAGGACUGUCACUGCCUUGCAUAAUUCCAGGAGAACCUGGGAAUCCAGGUUUCCCCGGACUAUCUGGAUUGCCAGGCCCGAAGGGACAGCCAGGUCCACCAGGACUAAGUGGAAGGUCAGGUUCUGAUGGGUUAAAAGGUGAGAGAGGAGAUCCAGGCAGUGGCGGUCAACCCGGACCACAAGGCUUUCCUGGACCCAGAGGCGAUCCAGGUUUUCCAGGCACUACAAGCAAUGGUUUUCCAGGUGUCCGAGGAAAAGAUGGACAACCUGGGUUGCAAGGAGCAAAAGGAGAACCUGGUGAGGUUUUAGGGGCAGCUAAAGGACUACCUGGACUUCCAGGUCACUCAGGAGAGUUUGGAGACAAAGGCCAACCAGGCAAUCCUGGAUUACAAGGCGGACAGGGAUUUGAUGGAUCUAGUGGUAACCCUGGGAUAAAGGGUGAGCGUGGUGCCAAUGGUUUUCCAGGGCUUCCAGGCCAGCCAGGUCCACGGGGUGUGAGCCCUUCUGGAGUCACUGGACGUCCGGGUCCACCUGGCAGUCCUGGAUUCCCUGGACCUACAGGCUGCCAAGGUUACCCAGGACUCAAGGGUGCAAGAGGAGACCCUGGACUGCAAGGCUUGGGUAGAAAGGGUUCUUCUGGACGACCUGGAAUUCCAGGAGCGAAAGGACAAAUGGGACGUCCUGGGGAAACUAUUUCAGGACGUAAUGGCCAAUCAGGAAGACCAGGAAUAAAAGGGCAGAAGGGUGUCGCUGGAUUAGUGGGAUUCCCUGGAUCACCUGGACGUUUUGGAACCUCUGGACAGCCAGGGGGCAAAGGUCAACAUGGACUUCCAGGUUUGGACGGUGUACCUGGAGUAAAUGGUUUUCUUGGUUUUAAAGGGGACCGUGGAGAAGAUGGCCCACCAGGACCUCCACCUCCACCCCUUCCAUUGCAUCAGAUGAAAGGGGAUCGAGGUGCUCCUGGAGUUAUUGGACUGCCUGGUUUUCCAGGACCAAGAGGUGAUAAGGGAACCCCAGGUUUACCUGGUCAGCCAGGACGUCCUGGUCUGCAAGGAGUUUCUGAGUAUGCCAAGGGUCUGCCUGGUGAUCCAGGUGUCCCAGGACACACAGGUUCUCCAGGAUUUCCAGGUCCUAAGGGGGCACCUGGUGUUUUAGGCUUCCCUGGCAUGCCUGGACCUAGGGGUGAUGAUGGACUUCCUGGGUCUUUUGGAUCACCUGGUUUUUCAGGACUCCCUGGCAACAAAGGUGAGAGAGGAGACUCUACUGGAACACCUGGGGCCCCUGGAAGAAGGGGACUAGUGGGAGAUUUUGGAUUCCCCGGUAUCCCCGGCUUUGCUGGUGAGCAAGGUUCUCGAGGUUUGCCAGGGGCAUUUGGAUAUCCUGGGAAGAAAGGCUCACCUGGAGAUUCAGGAAGGCCUGGGCAAGAAGGGCUGCCUGGGCCCCAUGGUGCUAGGGGUCUCCCUGGAUUUCCAGGACAGAAGGGACAGGAGGGAAAACAGGGCUUUCCUGGGACUUCAGGUCGGCCAGGACAGAAAGGUUUACCUGGAUCCCCUGGUUUAGAUGGACUCUAUGGACUUUCAGGUCCCAAAGGUCAACCGGGAUUACCUGGUGCAAUAGAGGGUGGUCAGCCUGGUGGGCCCGGAUUAAAUGGACUAAAGGGAGAGAGAGGCUCAUCGCUGCCCGGAGCACCAGGAUCUCCAGGAAUAAAGGGAGCCAGAGGAGACACUGGUUACCCUGGACAGCCAGGGUUCCCAGGUCCUCAAGGUCCUCGUGGGGCUCCAUCCACUUCUGCUAUUCUUGGUCCACCAGGAGAUGCUGGUCUUCCUGGACUAGAUGGUGAAAAAGGUCGUACUGGCCCCCCUGGUCCUCCUGGUCCAGCUGGUCCUGGAACACAGCAGGGUGACAGAGGAAAUCCUGGAUUUCCUGGAUUACCUGGAAUCCCUGGGAACCGUGGAGACCCUGGAUUGCCAGGACAACAGGGACGACAUGGCAACCCAGGAUUCAAAGGAGUGAGAGGAGACCCUGGAGUUAGUGGUCUAACAGGACGUCCAGGCUUCCCUGGAGAUCAGGGAAAAUAUGGUAGCAAGGGAUCAAAAGGAGUUAUUGGUGAAACUGGUAGCAAAGGCCUUCCAGGAACUAUUAUUUUAGCCCCAAUACCGGACGUGCCAGCUGGGCCUCAGGGUCCACAUGGAGCCCCUGGCCUUACUGGUUAUACCGGAUCAUCAGGCCAACCUGGUUUUCCUGGACGCCCAGGUCCCAAAGGAAAGUUUGGACCGAUGGGCAAACCUGGUCGCCUUGGUCCAUCUGGACCUUCAGGACCUAUUGGAGACCAUGGAAUUCCAGGAUAUCAGGGACCUGCUGGGGACAAAGGUAUUCCUGGUAGGCAGGGAAAACCAGGUCUUCCAGGUUUGCCUGGACGUGCCAUCGGGAUUGGCUACACUCUAGUAAAGCACAGUCAGUCCAGCCAGGUGCCGAUGUGCCCCCAGGGCAUGGACAAACUGUGGGAUGGAUACAGCUUGCUUUAUGUAGAAGGACAAGAGAAAGCCCAUAACCAAGACCUAGGAUUGGCUGGCUCAUGUCUACCUCGUUUCAAUACUAUUCCCUUUCUUUACUGCACAAGCAAUGAGCUCUGUUAUUAUGCCAGUCGCAAUGACAAGUCCUACUGGCUCUCUACAUCAGCACCAAUUCCCAUGAUGCCUGUGGCCAAUGAGCAGAUUAUACAAUACAUCAGCCGUUGUUCAGUGUGUGAAGCUUUAUCUCAAGCUGUGGCUGUCCACAGUCAAGAUAUUACUAUCCCCCCCUGUCCACAGGGGUGGAGGAGCCUGUGGAUUGGUUACUCCUUCCUUAUGCACACGGCUGCAGGGGCUGAGGGAGGUGGACAGUCACUGGUUUCUCCAGGCUCGUGUUUGGAAGACUUCCGUGCAACACCUUUUAUCGAAUGCAAUGGAGCUCGGGGCACCUGCUUCUUCUUCAACAACAAGCAUAGCUUCUGGCUAACCACUGUGCAACCGGAGAGGCAGUUUACACAAAGUCCUGAAUCAGAGACCCUGAAGGGAGUUCAGUACCGUGGCCGCAUCAGCCGUUGCCAAGUCUGCAUGAAAAUCUUGUAGCCAGCGCACACUCCAGGACGGGAGAGGGAACUUUUAACAAAGAAUAGAGAACAAGAAAUGAGAACACAAAUAUUCUCUGACCCACUGACUGACUAUAUGAGACUCAUGGUACUUGUUGAAGCCUUCUACAAAUCCAUGGUUAAAGCAGCAAGCGGUUCCAAGUAAAACGUUUUUUUUUUCUCUUAUUUCAUUUAUCAUCAUUGGUGCUACGAGAAACUGCAAUGUUUUUUAUUUUUAUUUUAACUAGUCAAAGUUUGUCUUACAUAUUCAUGGCUACCUCGGAGAGUGUGUCCCAAAUCCCCAAUGGGAAGCACUGAAACAUUAAUGUAAGACUGUAGGCCUUUUAUAACACAAGCAAAAACUUCUAGUGUGAUUCAACAAUGACAUGUUUGGGUGGGAAUUCUUUGAGAUAUGGAACAAACUAUAAUAUAUUGCUUGUUUGUGAUUAGGUAAAGUGGGCAAAGGCUACGGUUUGUAGUUAACACUUAUAAAUUAUAAUCUUCUGACAUGUACCCUUAAAGUAUUGCACUGAAUUGAAUAUCUGCGUAAAAAAUAUGAGUAUUAGCAACUGUAGAAAAUGAACAUUCCACUUUGACAAUUGCCGCGCCAAAUAUCUCAUUAUAAAAAAAGGCUCAUAUAUUCUAACACUAAAUAAUUGACUUCCUGCUCUAUAUAAUUUGCAUGCUUAUAUGUCACCUUAUUUCCAUGUCACCUUUACUACAAUGUUACCAACAAGGAGCCUUUCAGCUGCACAUAUUCACUGCUUUCCACAUCCAAAACUUCAACUACAGGACCUGGAGAUGUUUGUCCCUUAGUGUUACUACAGUGUGUUUGCAAAGUCUCUUAAAGAGAUAGGUAAAUAUAUAACCACUAUAUUCAUUUGCCUCUUAAGCUCUCUUUGGUAGCCUUGAGUUUUCAGCAUGGUUUUCAAUGGUUUUCUGUAAAACGUUAAAUUGUAGUUUCAUCCUUUGGUAGGAAAGAAUCCAUGUAGUAAAUUGCAAAAAUGUGUAUAAUUUGUACAUUUAGGAUGGUUUAUAAAGUCAUAUAUAUCCUGAUGUGUAUAUUUUACCAGUAUUUGUAUUUUUCCUUACACUGAGUUACAUGAAUACAUUUUCCCAUACAUAAAUUUGAGUUUGUCACAAAGCUGAUUUUUCAGUAUUAGUUUUGGUGCAGAAAUUCUUGUUAUCUUAUUGUUCUGUUUUUUUAACCAAAGCUUUUUCAAUGUAUAAUUCUGCUCCCUAUUAAAUGAAUUGUUAAAAAAUAAAUUAUAAGAAUUGA